GUGCAACAUGCGCAACUUUUUUUGUAGUUUGAGGUUAUGUUUAAUUGGGGCUCAUGAAUUACGUCAAUCAAUUAAUUAAUUAUAAAUCGUACACAAUUAUUAAGUUUUUGAAAUAUUAAAAAAAAUGAGUAAAACUAAAAAGUGGCUUCAUGUGUGUAGAGCAUGCCUCACAUCAAGCAAUGACAUUUUUCCAAUUUUUGAACCCUUAGAAGAGUUUAAUAUCACUGCAGCCUCGAUGCUGCAUAAUCUAUCACUUGAGAUAAGUGACAAAGAAGAUUUACCAAGGAAUUUGUGUCGUUCAUGUUAUACAAAGUUACAAGUAGGAAGCGAUUUUGUAGAAACAUUUAAAAAUUCGCAAAAAAUCUUGCGAAACAGUCUGAAUAAUUAUGCUGAAAGAAAUGUUAUUUUUAAGGAUGAUUUUGAAAGCACUGUGGACAAAAACCAAUCUUUUGACCUGUUAAGUGAAGGCAAUCCGUUUGACAGGGAUACUGAAAGUUUUAUUAUUGAAUGUGAGAACAGUGAUAAAAAAAGCAGUUCAUGUGAUUCAGAUGACCAAGAUUAUUUAAUAAAACGAUCGGUAGAACUUUCCCAACAGUACAAAAUAAACAAAUGGAAUGGUAAUGAUAGUGAUUCUGAUGAUGAUUCUAGAGAGAGUGAAACAGUUGAAUUUGAACAAGCAACAAAGUCAGUUGAAAAGGAAAAACCUUGUUUUGAAAAUACAGUUUUGAGUUGUCCAGUUUGCCUAAAAAAAUUUAGGAGAUUUACUUUGUUCAGUUCACACAUGCAUCAACAUAGUUGCCAAAUAAACUGUGAACUGUGUUCACUUGAGUUUAACGAUCCAGGUGUAUACUUAAAUCAUUAUCAGACUAAACACAGAUAUCAAUGCAACAUUUGUCAAAAAUCGUUUCUUACAAGGAGUUCCUACAACAAACAUAAAUAUACACACAGUAACGCAUCACCAAGAUUUAUUUGUCCGGUCUUAAACUGUCCAAAGAUGUUUAACAGAAAGCAGUCUUUGCACAACCACAUUGCAUCAAUACACAGUGAAAAAAGAAACUUCUUGUGUAAUAUUUGUGGUGCCUCUUUUAAAAAUCGUGAUAACUUAAGAUAUCACAUGAAAAAACACACAGGAGCUCCUCAUUUGUGUACCUACUGCGGAAGGACAUUUAUGCAAGCUGGUCAUCUGAAGUAUCAUAUGUGGAGACAUACAGGAGAAAAGCCUUACAAGUGUAAUAAAUGUCACAAAGGUUUUGUUUCCAAGUGGGUGUUAACAAUGCAUGUGAAGAAGAACUGUGGACAAGGAAGAAAGUAGAAGGAUGCCUUAAGAUCAAUAAUUUUUUUUAUAAAAAAAAGUAGUUUCAACUUAAUUUAAUGUGUUUUGAAUACACAUUUACAUGACUAUAAAUUAUUGAAAAUAUAUUAAUUUGUUAUU